CAAAACUUAAAGCAUAAAUAAAAAGAGAGAAGAAAAAAACUUAUAGGCCUCUUACUUAGAGAAAGCAUCAUUUCAUUUCUACUAACCUCUUCUUCCUCUUCUUCUUCUUCUUCUUCCUCUCCACCUUCUUCUUCUUGUUUCUGCAAAAUAUAAAAAUUAUACUUCACAUCAAUGGCUGCAACAUGUUGCUUUUCUCCUGCUUCCACCUCCAUCCAAAAAUCUGGGCCAGUUUUAAAGCCUUUCAGCAGAGUUUUGAGGUUUAAAAACAGUCUACUAACAGUCAAGAUCAAAAGCUCUACCCUCCAGAUCAGAUCCUCCUUGAGAGAAGAGGUUUUUGAGGAUCGGGCCAAUGGAAUAAUAUGCUACAAGGAUGACAGAGGGGAGAUAAUUUGUGAAGGGUUUGAUGAGGGUCCUAGGUAUCACCAACAUAAGCCAACAACACCUUGGCAACCCAGCUUCCUUCACUCAAACUUCCCUUGCGAGUGCAAAGAAGCGUUUGCAAAAUAUUCAGUUUAGAGCGCAGACGGAGAAAACAGGAUCGCUAGCCGGCUAGUUUGGACUCAUCUGAUUCGUAUCUCUUUGUUGUGUUUCUUGGUAAAAAUUUCAGCAGAGACGCAGAGAUCUUUGAUCUUCUUCAACAAAGGUGGAUUAAUUUUAUAACAGACACAGAAUUGUGCCGUGGCGAUAAAGGCAGUGCAUUUCAGCAAGAGGACAUAAAGAACUGCAAUGGCUCCAACACUCUCCGCUAAUCGUAUAAACAAUUUCACCAAGACUAUAUACGCCCCAUUUAUAAUAUGUAACAUAUAAAUGCAGUGCCUUUGAAGCACAUUCUGUUUGUUUUUUUUUCCCAGCAUGUACACAAUGUCCAAUUUCAAAUUUUUUUUUUUGCACUC